AUGAGCUAGAGCUUUCCAGCCGUGAUUGUUUCCAACAGAGAUGAGAAGGUUUGAUCUUUACGAGUUUACAUAAACUAAAACAACUUCUAAAUAAUUUAACUGGACAUUUAAAUUCAUUCAUAAUAAUUUUAAGUAUGGCGUCUAUAAACGAAAAUGCUCUACGGAAAAUGCUGUCUAAGAUGUAUAAAUACAGGGAUCUGACCGUACGCGACAUAACAAACGUGACGUCUCAGUACAAAGAUCUUAAACCUGUGAUCGACAACUAUGUGUUCAAUGAUGGCUCCACCAAAGAGCUGCUGAGCCUUGCAGGAACAGUGCCAGUAAACUACAGAGGAAAUGUGUAUAACAUUCCCAUAUGCCUGUGGCUUCUCGACACCUAUCCCUACAAUCCUCCCAUCUGUUUUGUCAAACCCACAAGUGCCAUGAUGAUCAAAACAGGGAAACAUGUUGAUGCUAAUGGAAAGGUCUACCUCCCUUACCUGCAUGAAUGGAAACCUCCCCAGUCAGCUUUGCUUGUACUGAUCCAGGUGAUGAUUUUGUUAUUUGGAGAGGAACCACCCGUCUUCUCACGGCCCGCCACUCAGACAUCUUACCCAGCAUUUCCAGCAGCUGGCCCACCCAACACUGCUUGUAUGCCAAAUACACCAGGCUUGCCAUUUAGCCAAAGUCACUCUACGAAUCCAGGUGGAUUUCAGGGCUACCCUUAUCCUUCAGCAGGUUCUGGAUACCCCACUACCACAGCUACCUCUGUUUAUGCUCCAGUGUCUUCUAUCAAUACAGUGUGUCCCACCGCUUACGGUACCAUUGGAGAGGACACAAUCCGUGCAUCUUUGGUGUCUGCGGUCAGUGAUAAGUUGCGCUGGAGGAUGAAAGAAGAGAUGGAUCGAGCUCAGGCAGAGCUGGAUGCACUGAAACGGACAGAGGAGGACCUGACGAAAGGUCACCAGAAGCUGGAGAAGAUGGUGACCAAACUAGACCUUGAGAUGGCUGAUGUGGAAAGAAACAUUGAGCUCAUUGAGCUGACUGUUGCCUUGGAGAAAAUGGAGAACCAGUCCGAGGACAAUGACAUUGAUGAUGUGAUUGUGCCCACUGCACCACUUUAUAAGCAGAUUAUGAACCUCUACGCUGAGGAAAAUGCCAUAGAAGACACUAUCUUCUACCUUGGAGAAGCAUUACACAAAGGUGUAAUUGACUUGGACAUCUUUCUCAAGCAUGUGAGGCUUCUCUCCAGAAAACAGUUCCAGUUACGAGCCUUGAUGGAGAAGGCCCGAAAAAUAGCAGGUCUUUGUGACCUGUACUGACCUGUUCAAAUAACUUUUUCAGUGAUAUCACUUGUACUUUAUGGUGAGGACCCUGCAUUUUAUUCAUCCAAGAACUGUAGGCUUUGAACCCUCCUUUUCCAGACAGUGACCUACAGUAAAUCACAGUGUUUAUAAAUGUAAUAUUACCAGGACCAAAAUUUUACAUGUCUGUGAAACAGUGAGAUGGAAAUUUACAAUGGUGGCCUAAAGUUUGGAAUAAUGUACAGAUUUUGUUCUUUGGUGAAUUAAAGUACCAAUUUCCUCCCAAAACAGCAAAAUCUGCACAUUAUUAAAAACUUUUGGCCGCCAGUGUACAUUCAUAACAUUACUGUGAUUGACAACCAGUGAAUGGAGUAUACCUUUUUUAUGUGCUUAAAAACCUAUAUGAAGUGACCUUUUAAUAUUCUUACAUUUUGUAGGGAGGGAAAAGGAAGGAAAGUUGCAAGACAGACAGUUGCAAUAGGCAUUUUUGCUCAGUUAAGGAGAUUAGCAUAGCCUUCUAAAAGGAAUCAUUGCACUUUUUGUAAAUUGUGCCUCGUAUUCUUCCAAUAGUCUUUUUCAUAUAUAGGGUAAAGGGAAAGAGGUUUGGGAAUUUAAUGUGUGUUGCCUUAAUGCUAGUCUUUUUUAUAUUGUUUAAUCUCCAAAUACGUAUGGAUUAAUUGUCUUAAAAUCAGCACUUUUAUUUUUAGGUAGUAAAUCAAUCUUUUAACUCAAAAUUAAAUAGUGUUCAAAUUGUAGUCACCCUACAUUACAUAACACACUUUUGCAGUUCUUCUAGUAAUUUAUAAAUGUGUUGCCUGACAUAAUUAUUCUUAUUUACGGUUGAUAAGCAUUCAGUUUGCUUGAAUGUACUUUGUAAUUGUGUGCAGAGGAACAUUAAAACAGCAGGUUAAAAAAUCAUGUAUAACGCUGAGAAUAUUAAGCAGAUAUCUUUAGCUUGAACUAUUAUAUAUCUGUUCAAUAUAUGAUAUAUAAAACCACAGAAUAUGAAAAGAAACUCUUUAUUGCAAAACAUGUAAAGUAUUGUUUAAUCACUAAAUGUGUUAAAAAUAGUUUAAAAUGAAUUGUAACUUCAUUAGAAUCAUGAAUGAUGUGAAACCAAGCAAUAACUGAUUUAUUGCGUAGUAUGUCUUAAAGGUAUGUGGGUAUUUAUGAAGUAAAUAUCUGAAAUGAAAACAAGAUAAUUAACAUUGAGACUGGUUUGUUUUUCAAUUAUCUAAAUAUGUAAGACUACAUUAGUAGAUCUUUGUCCUUUGCUAUAGGAUUGUUUUAAAAUGUAAGAUUCGUAAUUGUUAAAGAGUCAACCUCCUUCACACACACUCAAAUCUCUUUUGUGUUCUCAUAUAUUUAUAUACGGUGCAUCAAUAUGGGUUGCGCCAGGUUUUAUGUCACUUAUGCCAAAGGCCAUUGCUUCUUUCUUGUAACAACCAAGUUUUAACAUAUGUAGCAUACAGUAUAUGCAUAUGCACAUUUAUAUUUGGGUUUAUAUAUUAUAUUUGGAAUGUAAACAAGUAAUCGAGUAAUUGUUCUGCACCAGCUAGUUGACUAUUAAAAACACUACUCAAAUAUUGCAAAUUGAUUUUUCCUUUGACUGCAGUGAGCAACACUGAAUAAUACUUUACUUGACCUCUGAAUCUCUAAAUCACUAAAUUCCACAUCCCACUGAGGAUGUGUGUUGUUGAGAGAAGGAAUUAUGAUGCAGUCUUUGGCCAAGUGUCAAGUCAAGUGUGGCAAUACUUGUAAUAUUUUGAUUCUUAAUUGGCAUUCAGUUCUUGUUGGAUUCUUGCUUGCCAACGGACAAUCAUCUGCUUUUAUGGUGGA